GCCCCUCCCCCGCCCGGGGCCUCGGCGGUUCCCACGCGGCUGUGAGCGUGCGGAGCGCCCGGACCUGGACCGCGGCAGGGCUGGAAGGGGGCUGGAAGGGGGCUCCGGUGCAGAGCGGGCCCGUGGCGCCCUCCCCCUCCCGCCAAGACACCGCAGCCGCGCGCGGAGGCGGGGCGCUGCGGAGCCGGGCGAGGGGGGGGGCGGGGGCUAAAAAUACCCGGCGGCAGCGGCUGCGCGGCUUCUGCUGGGGCUGCGGGGCUGUGGGCCGGGGAGGUCGUGCCGGGCCCAUCUGGGUCCCGCUGAGCGACAUGCUGACCUUCUUCCUCGUGUCGGGGGGCUCCCUCUGGCUGUUCUCGGUGAGAACCAUCCGCCGAGCAGACUAGGCCCUGAGCCCAAUCGUCCCCCAAGGCCAAGUCCAGGGACAGACAGUUCAUCCUUGUCCAUCUCCAGGAUGCAGACCCUGAGGAUGUUGGACCCUGAGGUCCCACAGCAGGUCAAGGACGUGACCGGGACUGACCUGGGGCUUCCUGAUCCUGAGUUCAUCCUCUCGCUUCUGGAGAAGAUGCAGACUCAGGAGAUCCUGAGGAUGCUGCGGCUGCCCGAGCUAGGCGACUUGGGCCAGUUUUUCCGCAGCCUCUCAGCCACCACCCUCGUGAGUAUGGGUGCACUGGCUGCCAUCCUCGCCUACUGGUUCACUCACCGGCCAAAGGCCUUGCAACCACCGUGCAAUCUCCUGAUGCAGUCAGAGGAGGUGGAGGACAGUGGUGGGGCCCGGCGAUCCGUGAUAGGGGAUGGCCCUCAACUGCUCACCCACUACUAUGACGAUGCCAGGACCAUGUAUGAGGUGUUCCGCCGUGGACUUAGCAUCUCAGGGAAUGGACCCUGUCUUGGCUUCAGGAAUCCCAAGAAGCCUUAUCAGUGGCUGUCCUACCAGGAGGUGGCCGACAGGGCUGAAUUUCUAGGGUCUGGACUUCUCCAGCACAAUUGUAAACCGUGUACAGAUCAGUUUAUCGGCAUUUUUGCACAAAAUCGACCAGAGUGGAUCAUCGCAGAGCUUGCCUGCUACACAUACUCUAUGGUGGUGGUCCCGCUCUAUGACACCCUGGGCCCAGGGGCAAUCCGCUACAUCAUCGACACAGCCGACAUCAGCACUGUGAUCGUGGAUAAACCUCAGAAAGCCGUGGUUCUGCUGGAGCACGUGGAGAGGAAGGAGACACCAGGGCUCAAGCUGAUCAUCCUCAUGGAACCAUUUGAGGAAGCUUUGAAAGACAGAGGGCAAGACUGCGGGGUGGUCGUUAAGUCCAUGCAGGCUGUGGAGGACUGUGGCCAGCGGAAUCACCACGUUCCUGUGCCCCCGAAACCCAGUGACCUCUCCAUUGUGUGUUUCACAAGCGGCACAACAGGGAACCCAAAAGGUGCGAUGCUCACCCAUGGGAACGUGGUGGCUGAUUUCUCAGGCUUUCUGAAAGUGACAGAGAAAGUGAUCUUUCCGAGACAGGACGAUGUGCUCAUCUCCUUCCUGCCUCUGGCUCACAUGUUUGAGAGAGUCAUCCAGUCUGUCGUCUACUGCCACGGAGGGCGCGUCGGCUUCUUCCAGGGAGACAUCCGCCUCCUCUCAGAUGACAUGAAGGCUCUGUGUCCUACCAUCUUCCCUGUGGUCCCACGACUACUGAACCGCAUGUACGACAAGAUUUUCAGCCAGGCAGACACAUCAUUAAAGCGCUGGCUCCUGGAAUUUGCAGCUAAGCGUAAACAGGCUGAGGUCCAGAGUGGAAUCAUCAGGAAUGAUAGUAUCUGGGAUGAACUCUUCUUUCAUAAGAUUCAGGCCAGUCUUGGUGGGUGCGUGCGGAUGAUUGUUACUGGAGCGGCCCCCGCGUCACCAACGGUCCUGGGAUUCCUCCGGGCGGCUCUGGGGUGCCAGGUUUAUGAAGGUUAUGGCCAAACUGAGUGCACAGCUGGAUGUACCUUCACCACACCCGGGGACUGGACAUCAGGACACGUAGGAGCACCUCUGCCCUGCAAUCAUAUCAAGCUCGUGGAUGUCAAGGAACUGAACUAUUGGACCAGCAAAGGAGAAGGAGAGAUCUGUGUGAGAGGACCAAAUGUGUUCAAAGGUUACUUGAAAGAUCCGGAGAGGACAAAGGAGGCCCUGGACGACGACGGCUGGCUUCACACUGGAGACAUUGGGAAGUGGCUGCCAGCUGGAACUCUUAAAAUUAUUGAUCGGAAGAAGCACAUAUUUAAACUUGCUCAGGGAGAAUAUAUUGCGCCCGAGAUGAUUGAGAACAUCUACAUCCGGAGUGAGCCUGUUGCACAAAUGUAUGUCCAUGGGGACAGCUUAAAGGCCUUUUUGGUGGGCAUAGUCGUGCCCGACCCGGAAGUCAUGCCCUCUUGGGCCCAGAAGAGAGGAAUUGAAGGGACGUAUGCAGAGCUCUGCACAAAUAAGGAGCUGAGGAAAGCCAUUUUGGAAGAUAUGGUGAGGUUAGGAAAAGAAAGUGGACUCCAUUCUUUUGAACAGGUUAAAGCCAUUCACAUCCACUCUGAUAUGUUCUCAGUUCAAAAUGGCUUGCUGACACCAACACUAAAGGCUAAGAGACCUGAGCUGAGAGAGUACUUCAAAAAACAAAUAGAAGAGCUUUACUCAAUCUCCAUGUGAAGUUCAAGGGAAGUUCUUCUCAGUAUAAUGGACAAUGUAGCAAUAUUAUAGUUAUUUUUUGAAAGUAAUGUGUCAGAAUGAUGCAGCUGAAAAUGAAAAGCACGUGACCUUAUGACUGAGCCUCUUCCUGUCCCAAGAGGUCUUUAACAAUAUUUUCUCUCUCAUCACCGAGUAUACUUUAUUUUUAUUACAAUGAUAUUGUAGUAAGCUGCUAAAAAUAUCAGAAAUGGCAUUGUAAAAAUCAAGACUUUUCUCAAGAACUGUGUACCACUAAAAGUAAUAUAUUCUCAGUGUUCACAGAACUUCUAUUAAACAUAAAGGAAAAACAUAACUGAUAUAUUGUACUUAAUUAUUUGUGGAAUAGUAACCAGGUACAGCAAAUAUCUAGGCAAUGUGGACUACCUCAUUCAAUAACUGAUGGUCAAAAUCACAAUUAAAUCAGACUUAAAAAAUUAAAACUAAUACAGAAUAAUUCUGAAACAAAACAUGAUAGCUCACAUUCUACAUAACUUCAGAUUCUUUAAACAUAACAAUCCUCAUUGAUGUGAAAAAAUUUUCUCUCCAAUUUUUACUUUUAUUUAUGAAGAAUGCAAAUUCAAGUAUUCUUAAAACAAAUGUAUUUACAUAACAUUUUACAAAGAUCUUUCAAUACAUUUUCUUAUUUAUUAAGCUCAUUCAAAUAUUAAGGAGCUACCUAGAAAAAAAUGUAAUGUACAACUACUUCAAGGAUAGUAUGUGUAUAUUCAUGGAUGUCUUACCACAUGAAUUAUAAAAGAUGUCUGUUUGACUCUGCUCUGCAAUGAAUGGACCUUUAGGGAAGACUUGGGAGAAGAAACCCAGAAUUAUUUCUCAGGGUGGGCAGCAAUUAAUGUACUGAUGUUCCUUGCUGGGUUCUUCCAGUCUUUCCAUUCUCAAUGUGUCCAUGCCAGGCCUGGGAAACCCAUAUGGCAAUAAUUCUGAACAGCUUCACUUUCUUCCAGUAAGAGAUUAUCACGGCAGGAUGUAGGGAGGGGGGGAUGUUAUUUCCAAAUGAAAUAAUUUUUCAACAACGUAAGUUUGAAGAACCUCUUCAAAAUACCCCUAGAAAACUGUUUACGUCCAUCAUAGAUAAAUAUCUCCUUGGGAAAUAAUUUCAUGCAUAGAAUAUCUAAACCCUUCUAAGCUUACCCAUGAAAACCUCCUUUCUUGGCGUUAUGUGUUUAAAUACUUCUUGCACCUGGGUGCCAACAAUGUCGUAUAAUUAAAGCCCAGCAUGGACAGCAGUUAGGUUCCAAGCUACAGACUGCAUCUACAGAAGAAACUGUCCCUAGGAAAGUGUUUUCUUCUGUAGAGACAGGACUCUGAAAGCAGAGAUGGGGGCAGUAUUCACAGUCCAGAAGCUCCUUACCGCUGGAGCAAAUCCAAACUGUCAAUAAAUGUUGUCGGUUAGAAACUGCAUAAUCACACAGGCUCACUAGAUGAAUCUGCACCAGUGAUUAUACACUUAUAUUUCAGUCUUCACAAAAGUGGACGACCACAGCUUCAUUUGAUGUAUUUAUCCAAUCUUUUACAUAUUCCUUUGCUGGAUUCUCUCUGCAGUCCCACUACUUGCACUUAUAAAUUUGACUUUUAGUAGAUGACCUAGUUCUGUGCACAUUAAUUUUUAAAGGCAUUUCUAAAUAAACAAAUAUUAAAACUGUCCAAGGCCACAUCUAUUAUACAUAGCAUUAAUUUUUUUAUAUUUAAUAUAUAUUUGACUAAUUAAAAGAGAAAAUCAUUACCUGAAUUGGAUAUUUGUAUUAUUUUAAAGGCAAGUAGCUUCACAUCUUGAGGAAAAUGAACCUCUUUCCCAUUGUCCUUCUGCUCAACUAAAUUUCAUAUUUGUCUUUGUUUCCAAAGGAUUUUAGACAAUGAAAUUAUAAGCAAAUAAUUUAAAAUUUAUUUUGAUUACAUUUAUACCUAAUAAUAGUUAGAGAUAAUUGAUUAUGGAUAACUUAAGAUUUCUUCUCUUUCUCACUUUAAAGAUCUUAUGUUUCUAUUCGCCUUCCUGAUUCCUGUGAAAAUCGUCACACUUGGGCAUAUAAAUAGGUUCUGGCAGAUGUGCUGAGAACAGUAAACAGUGGGCCCUAAAUAUAUUGCUUGUACAUUUAUUUUUUCCACUGUUUAACUUUACUGAAUUUUUUAAUAAAGGAGAAAUGAAACAAUAUGUGUUAAUGGAAAAAAAAUCCUUCUUACUUCAGAUUUCCCAACUUUAUUUUGAGGGGGGAAAAGUUUAUAUUUCUCUUUAACCAAUGUAGAAAAAGGCUAUGUACUUAAGACAUUUACAUUCAUAGUGGACAUCAGAUCCGAUUUAAGUCUAGAGGUAUAACGGAGAUCAAUUACGUAACAUAAACAUGUUCUUAAAUGUUUGGCCUUUUAUCUCUUUCUCAUUUAAAUGUGUUAGUAAUUCUUACAUUUUACAAACUAAUCUUGUUGUCUAUAAAGAUAUAAAAUAGAAUAUACACCAAUUUUUUUUUU